CUCGGAAGUGGAAGUUUCCCGCCCACUUUUUACUCAACGGGUUUUGUUUACGCUGCGCAGUUCGGAACUCAUAUUGUUUGAUUAAUAAUAGUAAAUUUUACUAACCGUUAUGAGGCGGUCAACAAGAAGUUCCAAAAGCAGAACUUUGCCACAAAAUGAAGAAAGCAAGUCUGAGAAUGUAGUAUGGCAGUGGCAGGGCGAUGAAGGCCAGUGGGAGGCGUACUCUCCAUCCGACUGCGCCCUGCUGGACUCGGCCCUCGCCUCGAGGAAAACCAACAUAUCCCUGACUUUGGGUUCAGGGUCGGUCUACCAGGUGGACCUGAAGAAGAUGGUCCAGGUCAACCCCGUCACUAAGUACAAGAGGAAGAUCCGUUCGCAGACGCUAAAAGGAGAAAGUUCUGAUGAACUUUCGUUGGGAGCACUUGGGGGAGACCCAAGUGCUCCCAACGGGGAUCCGAUGGUGGUGAAACAGGAAGCAGAGGAUAGCGAGGAGCAGCUGUCCAAAGGCAAGAGGAAACGAGGCAAGAGCCAGGCCAGCAGCACCGCAGACAAGAGACUCAAGGAAGAGACGCUGAGCGAAGAAGUUGUGAAGACUGUGGUCAUGAAGGGAAAAGCUCCAGUGGACACGGAAUGCAAAGCCAAGCUUGGGAAGGCUCACAUUUACAGCGAAGGAGCGGACGUUUAUGACGUGAUGAUGAACCAAACCAACCUUCAGUUCAACAACAACAAAUAUUACCUAAUUCAACUGCUUGAGGAUGACGCGGCCAAGGUGUUUAGUGUGUGGAUGAGGUGGGGCAGAGUGGGCAAAGUGGGUCAGUCCAGCCUGACAUCCUGCGGUGGAGAUCUGCUCAAGGCCAAAGAUAUCUUCAAGAAGAAAUUCUUUGACAAGACCAAAAAUGAGUGGGAACACAGAGCGGGCUUUGAGAAGGUGGUUGGAAAAUACGACAUGGUCUACAUGGACUACAGCACAAGUUCAAAAGAGGAGAAGCAGACCGCGGAAGUUGCCAAAGCGCCAAAGAAAACCUCCAAGCUGAACGUGACGGUCCAGUCUCUGCUGGAGCUCAUCUGUGACGUCAAAGCCAUGGAGGAGGUGGUGCUGGAGAUGAAGUUUGACACUCGCAAGGCUCCUCUUGGCAAACUUACCUUGGAGCAGAUCAGUGCCGGCUACACGGCUCUCAAGAGGAUUGAGGCGUGUCUGAAGAGGAAAGAUGGUGGCCGUGAGCUGGUGGAAGCCUGCAACCAGUUCUACACACGUAUCCCGCAUGACUUUGGGUUAAAAACGCCACCUCUCAUUCGGACAGAAGAUGAGCUGAAAAAGAAGAUUGAGUUGUUAGAGGCACUGAGGGACAUCCAGGUUGCGGUAAAAAUGGUUGAGAGCACCAGCGACGACCACGACGAGCAUCCUCUGGAUCGCCAUUACCGCUCCCUCAACUGUCUGCUAGACCCCCUGGACCCCCUCAGCCAAGAAUACAAGGUGAUCGAAAAGUACCUGCAGUCCACUCACGCUUCUACGCACUGCGACUACACCAUGAGCGUGCUGGACAUCUUCGCCAUGGACCGCGACGGCGAGAGCAGCCACUUCCUGUCGGACAUGCACAACAGGAUGCUGCUGUGGCACGGGUCCCGUCUCUCCAACUGGGUGGGCAUCCUCAGCCAGGGGCUCAGAGUGGCGCCACCUGAAGCUCCUGUCACAGGUUACAUGAUGCUGUGGGCGUGUCACUGAAUGCUCUGAAACCCCCGCCUCCCUGGAACUUUCAGCUGUCAAUCUAAUAGGUGGUUUCUCUCCCGGUUAAGAAUUCCCAGCGCCAAUGCACAUUGCACACGCGCCGCAGAGAGGGAAUCUGUGGCAGCCAGGCAACCUCUGAGCCUCGGCAUAAUGCGACAAUUUUGCCUCCAUUGAAAUUCAGCGCUCCAUUAAUCGUGCUGCUGUGGCCGCCAAAGUGUGCACUAUAUGCGGCCACAGUAGUGCGUGCACCGCGCUCCCCCUGGAUGAUUUCCCCCCCCCCCUCCUCGCCCAACGACGUUACGGGCAGCAAUUGUGAGGCUGAUGGCCCUAAUGCCGUUGCAGCGGACCACUGGCGGCAACUCUAGCUGCCGGCAUGGGGCUGCGGGAGCGGCGGAUCAUACUUGGUUCGCCGCUGCCUCGCUACGCGCCGUGCGUGGGGGAGACAGCAGAAACACUGUAGCCCAAAUAACACAAAACAUACGACAUUUCACGGAAGAUGUUUUAUUUUAUUUAUUUAUUUUUUAUUGAAGGCACAGUGUGAUGGCUAACUGCACAUUGUACUAGUUAUUAUGAAUAAGGAAGUGGCAAUUAUGCCGAAUGGCCACUGCAUGGAAUAAACGCGCUUGGUACUUAUUUAGUGGGGGAGAGGCGACUCAUGUUGUGCCCUGACCGUUUUAGCCCUGCCCAAAAAAAACCCAGACAACUGAAACGGUGGAAAAAAGUUUCAUGCUAUAUCUCAAAUUAAGUAUUAAAUUGUUCUCAGUCUUUACACGUUUUCAGCACUUACUUUCAAACAUAUUGAAUGUAUUUAGAAAAAAUUUUUUUUAAUGACUUUACUGGGCCAUUAAUGUUCAAACUGCAUAAUGUUACAAUGGCUUACAAUUGCAUUGUUAUUUAUGUAUGUAGUUUUGUAUUUAAUUAUUAUUUAAAUUAUAUGUCUAUUUCUAUUUUACAUAUUCACUUCACACGGUGGCCGAUAUAUAUUUCUAUUUUACAUAUCCGGUUUCCUCCCACAUCCCAAAAACAUGCAUUAAUUGGAGACUCUAAAUUGCCCGUAGGAAUGUGAGUGCGAAUGGUUGUUUGUUUCUAUGUGCCCUGCGAUUGGCUGGCAACCAGUUCAGGGCGUACCCCGCCUCCUGUCCAAUGACAGCUGGGAUAGGCUCCAGCACGCCCGCGACCCUAGUGAGGAGAAGCGGCUCAGAAAAUUGAUGGAUGAAUGGAUGGAUAUUCACUUCACACGGUGGACGACUGGUUAGAGCGUCAGCUUCACAGUUCUGAGGACCGGGGUUCAAUCCCCGGCCCCGCCUGUGUGGAGUUUGCAUGUUCUCCCCGUGCCUGCGUAGUUUUCUCCGGGCACUCCGGUUUCCUCCCACGUCCCAAAAACAUGCACAUUAUUUGAAAACUCUAAAUUACCCAUAGGUGUGAAUGUGAGCGCAAAGGGUUGUUUGUUUGUAUGUGCCCUGCGAUUGGCUGGCAACCAGUUCAGGGUGUACCCCGCCUCCUGCCCGAUGAUAGCUGGGAUAGGCUCCAGCAUGCCCACGACCCUAGUGAGGAGAAGCGGCUGGGAAAAUGAAUGGAUGGAUAUUCACUUCAACUUUUUUAAAUAAAGUACAGUACAUGUGUUAAGUGCAGUUCAGUUGUAUCCAACUUUUAAGUACAAUUCAUCUGCAAUUAAUCUUUUAGAACUGUCUUCAAAAAUGAUUUUUAUUUUUUAUAUAACAAGUGCAAAAAAACUUGAAUAGAAUAGUUUUAUAAAUAUUUUUUUUUCCCCCAUGCGCAUUGUUAGAGUGGAUUACAAUAGCAAUUUUGUUAUUCAUGCAUUUAUUUUCGUGUAUUUUGUCUUUUAUUUGACUUAUUUGAAAUGUAUAUAGAUUUUUACUUUACAUAUUUGUUCUUAUUUAUAUAUACAUUUUGAUUUUGUGUUAUGUAUGUACUGCAUUAUUUGAUUUGCAGUAUUUUGUUAUUCAUAUUUUUUGGAUUCAUUAAAAACAUUUUGUUGUGUUUUUUUACAUUAAGAAUUUUUUUUAAAUUUUGUUCUGCAGUAUUUCAGUAGUAUUCUUCCAAUUUAUUUUGUUUAUGUAUUUUAUGCAUUACUUUUUACUUUGUUAUUGUAUUUACUUACACAUAUCUAGAAUAUUGUAUGUUCCAUCUUAAACUGCUGACAUGAAGUGUCACUCGAAUAAAAAAAAAGAAAAGAAAGAAAAAGCGCAUUGGCAGAGGUAACCAAGCACAAUAAUAACUCAACAGUGUACAUGAUAAAUAGUUUUACCUCCACCAAGGAGGUUGUUUGUAUGUUAACAAUAUAGAAGCUAAUUAUAUAAUUCAGGCCUGUGUAUUUAUGAAAGUGUACUAUUUGGUGUUUGGAUUGUUUUGCCUUGUUAGGACUGUCUUGCCCUGGCGGAGGUCUUUGCGCAACUGACUGUGUGUUGUUGUUUUCACAUUUAAACUGUUUUCGUUG